GAGAGCUGCUGUUAGUUUGCGCUGUGUUUAUUGUUAAGGUUGUGUGGAUUAGCACUGCGGUACCCAGUUUCUUUUCAUAAUAUCAAAACUGUCACCCCGUAAGAUGAUUUAAAGAUGUGUGCUGGCGUUUCCACUGGCUGACAGGGAAGGAAUUCAUCAAGGCCACACAAGAAAGUAUGAAUGAAGGGAGGCUCAAAGACAAGUCAUGAUACCGCACCGAAACUGAUCCACGCCUGCGUCCAAGGAAAGCGCUCGGUUGCCUUCAGUCCAGGUUGAUCUGGUUAUGGCGAACUCGGUGGCCCUGGUGGUCCAAGCGGAACUCCUACCGCCUCAGUCCACUGCCUCCCUUUCCCCUUUCCCAUCCCUCCUGGGGUCUGGAGAGGAUGGAGAAGAUGACGCGGAAAGAGGGGAGCUGGUGGAGGGAGGCAAGCAGGUAGUUGAGGGUGGAGAUGAGGUGGUCCUGGAUAUGGUGGCGUCCUCCGUGGCGGGCCCGGCACAGCCGCCCGAGCAGACGGAUCAUCCGUUCCAGUGUCUGGACUGCGGCAAGAGCUUCAGGUGGUCGUCCAGACUGACCCACCACCAGCGGAGCCACAACAAUGAGAGACCCUACCGCUGCAACCAGUGCCCCAAGGCCUUCAAGGGCUCCUCUGCUCUACUAUACCACCAACGGUCUCACUCAGGGGAGAAGCCCUAUAAAUGUCAGGACUGUGGAAAAGCUUUCAAACGCUCAUCUCUGCUCCAGGUCCACCAGAGUGUCCACACUGGGGUGCGCACCUUCCUGUGCCCCUACUGCCCCCUCACCUUUAAAUGGAGCUCUCACUACCAGUACCACCUGCGCCAGCACACUGGAGAGUGCCCGUACCCGUGCGACACUUGCCCCAAAGCCUUCAAGAACUCCAGCAGCCUGCGGCGACACAAGAAUGUCCAUUUAGGCCUGAAGCCUUACACCUGCUCAGUGUGUAACAAGUCCUUCACUCAGUCCACCAACCUGAGGCAGCACAUGCGGAUACAUACAGGCGAGAGGCCUUACAUCUGCGGGGAGUGUGGACGCAGCUUCACGCAUUCGUCGAACCUGGCCCUGCACAAGAACUCUCACUCCAACCUCAGUGUGGCAGGGAAGGAGGGGAAGAGGGGGGACGACGGGGGGAAGAGGAAUGAGGUAGUGGAGGUGGUGGUCGGGGCAGAGGAAGUGACAUCGUCCAUGUUGACAGACAUGGUGGGUUUUGUGAGCCAGGAAGGAACUGAUGGAGUCGGGGUGGGGAUGGAAGAAGUAUUCCUGUCAACCACCUCGUCUGGCCAGAAUCCAACCCUUCUCCCCCAGCUCACCCUCACAUCCUCCGGGGAGGACGUGUGCAGGUCCAGGGCCAUCGGGACUGAAGUUCACCUGAGCACAGACACCGGCGCCAGCGUGCUGCUGUACAGCUGCGGAAGCUGUAGCCAUACUUUUGGCACCCGGACUGAGCUGGAGGAGCACCAGGCCAUCCACAUGGUUCCAGAGGAGCAUGGGGCCAGCGGGGAGGCAGGGCACGCGUCGGGAAUGGAGGUUGGGGAUGGGCUGGUCGGCGCCGGACACCUCCUUGCUGACUUUGAGGAAGUCGUUGAAACUACCACCGUGGCUGAAAGCGGACACUCUACAGAAGUGCUCCUUGGAUUAGCAGGGGCAACAGAUGGCAGCAAUACAAAUGUCAGCACCACCCAGGCCCAGUUUGACCUGUUGCAGAGCUUCACUGAAGUGACUCAGAGCUCAGAGACCAUUCAGCCGGAGGCCAGAACCACAUGGGCAGGGCUGUCAUGUGGCUACUGCAAUAAGACCUUCAAGACCAGUGGAGGCCUCAAUAGACAUGUGUCACUGAUGCACUCGCUUUCAUCGCAGUCCCGCUCCCAGUUCAGCUGCUCUGCCUGCGACCGCUCAUUCCCUCUGCUCUCCUCACUCCUCACGCACCAACACUCUCACACUCCUGAGCAGCGUCUCCUAGCAGAGGCGGAGGCCGAGAUAGUGUGUCCUCCAUCCCUCUCCCUGUCUCUCCCCCUGCCCUCCUCCCCGAGCCAGGCAGACAAGCAGCAGGACGGGCAGAGGGAGAUCCAUGUCGACAUCAUUACUGUUGGCGAGGAGCACGAGGAGCAGCCGGCCAAGCCGACCAAAGCCCAGAAAAAGACGGGAUCCCUCAAGAGCACUCCUGCUGGAGAGAGGCCGUACCGCUGCUCAGAGUGCGGAAAAGCUUUCAAAGGUUCUUCGGGGUUAAAAUACCACAUGAGAGAUCACACUGGAGAACGACCGUACCGCUGCACCGAGUGUGGCAAGAGCUUCAAAAGAUCGUCUCUGCUUUCUAUCCAUCAGAGGGUGCAUACAGGUGUCAGAGCAUUCCAGUGUCCACACUGCCCUCUCACUUUUAAAUGGAGCUCUCACUACCAGUACCACUUGCGUCAGCACACAGGUGAGAGGCCAUAUGUGUGCAAAGAGUGCGGCAAGUCGUUCAAGAACACCAGCUGCCUCCGUCGUCACAGUCAGAUGCACUCUGGACUGCGGCCUCAUAUCUGCACCAUCUGCUCCAAGUCUUUCUCCCAGACAUCAAAUCUUAAGCAGCAUGAACGUACACAUUCUGGCGAGAGACCUUUCCAGUGCACCCACUGCAGCAAGAGUUUUACGCACUCCUCCAACCUUCAGCUUCACCUGCGCACACACUCGACACGCAAAGACUACAAAUGCCCCUAUUGCUCCAAGGAGUUUGUCAUGCACUCUUACUUGCAGAGGCACAUUCGCACCCACGGCAGUGGCGUUUCUCUACCCUGCCCUGACGGCGGAGGCAAAGACGGCGUGGCCGUGAAAGCUAACGUUGGAGGAGUGACGACCACCACAACUCUGCUCAACCCCAUCACUUUGGAAGCCUCAGGAAACAACGGCAGCCUGAUUGUUUCCCAACCAGCACUUAAUAUUCCCCCAAACUCCUCCCAGAACUACUUCAUGAUUCAGACUGCCAGCGGCCUACAGCUCAUCCCUUUGUCAUCCCCUACGCCAGCUCCUCCACCCCCUCCGCCGCCGCCGCCACCUCUGUCCCAGCCCCAGAACUUUCUCCUCCUGCAGUGCCCCUCCAACAACGGCAGCCAGUCCAGCUUAAUCCUCGUCCCCACAGCAAAUAACCCUCCUCCGGCUCCGGAGCCCCAGUCCCUCCCUGUGCUUCAGACUAUCCAAGGGUUCCAGCCGGUCCUAAACCAAACACAGACUCAGAUAGCUCAGUUUCCAAAUGUAUCGCAGCAACAGCAGCCAACCCGGAUCAUCAUCACUAACAACAACAACAAUUCAAACGCUCCCGUUGCCACACCACCACAUAAUCUUUCAGCCAACUCCCUCUUGACCAAGCCCAUAUUAGGGAAGAGCACACGGACAGCACGGGGCAGACGGGGUCGCAAACCCAAAGUCACUCUCCAGAAAUCUCCAACAGCUCCCGUCAGUCAGACUGUAGGUGGAGCUGUUCCAGAAACGAGCUGCAGCGUGACUAGUGGCUCCCUGACGGUUACUGCUGCCAGCGCUACCACAACGGCAACGACUCCUGCGUCCAUUGUUUCCAGCUGCCCUUUGACAACAUCUUGCAGCACCGCCUCGACCCUUUCAUCUUCCUCCACUGUUGCCCCCACAGUGGACCACUCAGGACCCCCAACGCCUGUUACCAUGGUGACACCAGCAACCACAGUAGCCACAGGAUCGAAUCCUGCUACUCCGGAAAGAAACCCUCAAACCACCGAGGAGCAAAUGAGGACAGGGGAAGGAAUGACUGGGAAACAGUUUGUGUUAUGUUUUGAUGAUGAAGGACAGACAAAGGAGGGGAUGAAUAUCGAGCAGGGCGGGGAGUCAUAUGUGUUGCAGUUUGAAGGGAAUGCAUCUGGGGAGACAGCUGAUGGAGGGCUGGGCGGAGAGGGAAAGUCGCUUGUGCUGCAGUUCAAGACAGAUGGGCAAGGUGAGGGAGAAAAGGGGGGAGAUGGGGAAGGGGUGAUGUCUCUGCUGCAUGAAUGGGGGAGAGAAAAGCAGGGUGAGACACAGGCUGGAGGGGAGGGCAGCCAAGGAGAGUCGUAUGUGCUUCACUUCCACACUGAAACACAGGAAAGUGGUCCAUCCGGUUCUACCUUCAGCCAAGGACAAGACAGCGGUCUGCAGCUCUCCUGCACACCUACCCAAACGCUAGUGCCGCUCGAUGGGCAGGAGGUGGUGUUUGAACUUGGGGGUGAGGCCAAGAUGGAACAGGAAAGUGCUGAAGGUAUGCAGAUGAUAGCCCUGAUAGAGGGUGAAGGGGGAAUGAUGGAAGAACAAGGGGCAGGUUGCAAUGCUGUGAGUGACACAGUCACCGAAGGUGGCGGCAGCAUGGAAGGCAUAUUUCAGCUGGAAAACGGUGAUGAAAUUGUCAUUAUCGAGGUCAGCACUAGCAGCUUAAGAGAAGAGCGAAUGGAGAGAGGAGGAGACGGAGAAGUCCCACAGAGCAGUGUGGUGAAAUAUCAAAGUGUACCAGCAGAAGCCAAUGAAAAAUCUGUAAAAGAACACAACCCUACGGACAGUACAGAGGUACAAACAUCGGCUGAGGACACUCUAAGAAACGGAACGAUAUCAAACUCUAAGGAGUUGCAGUUCUCAAAGUGAGAACGUCGUACAGACAGGAGACGUUCGUAUGAAUGAAUACCUCACUACUUGAGGGCUGUUUGUUAGCACUUUAGUCAGUCAGGUUCUCCUGAACCAGGGAGAGAGCAUGUAUUUAGAGGAGUACUGUGUUGCAAUGCCAUGGUGCCACUUACUAGAAAUGUUAUACAUUUAACUAGGCUGUACAUGGACCUCAGAAUAUUCAUAUUAGUUUGAAUGAUACUGUCAUUGGCAGUUUGUUUAUUAAGUAAAUAUAUGGUUUUGUGAAUAAAUAUUGUAAAUGGUCUACUUUCUUCAUAAUAUUAGUAAAUAGUAAUUAAUAAUUAAUAAA